AUAUUACAUGCUCUGUGCUCUAUUCUUUGAACUACUUGUCUAUAGUCCAUAUUCUAUCACUGUGAUUUGAGGUUAUGUAUGUAGCCAUUUGUAAACAAUAAUAUAUACCUAUUCAUCUUUCAUUUGGUUUUCCUGCAGUCUGUUACAUAUUAUAAUUAAAAUACGUUUACGGCGGUGUCGAUCAAAAAAGAUGAAUGGAAACUCAAAACGUUAAUUAUAUAACUUCAGUGUUCUACGAAUAUAAAUCAACAGGAAAAUGGGUAAAAGGAGCAAGUCGUCUAACGUAAACACUAACGCUGCUGAUGACGUAGUUGUAAGUAGUAAAAAAAUGAAGAAUAAAAGAAUUAAGUUCGAAUCAGCCGACGCAGGUGUACCGAUACCUGACGAAUCUAAUGUGGAUCUUGAUAUUAAACAAGUUAAACGAACAAAGAAAAAUAAACCGCACAAUAAUAAAGGCGAUGAGGAAAAGAAAAAUAAAAAAAUAAUAUUUAGAGAGGACGAUGACGAACCGGUUGAAGUUAAUGUACCUACAUCGACAAAUCAACGGAAACGUACUAAAGAAAUUGUUCCUCAAGAGAACGAAGAAGAUAUUAAAGACGAAGACAUUGAUAAGUUCUGUGAUGAGUUAAAUGAAGAGGAUAACGAACAGUUUGAAAGUUGGGUUAAAUUAAUAGAAGCUAAACUUCAUUCAAAUAAAAAGAAACCUAAAUGAUAA